ACAUGGAGGCUGGUGUCAUACUAUAAUGCAGCUUGAAAUCGUCAUGAGAUCGCGGUGUGUCAUGUGAAAGAUUCCUUUUGUAAAAGUAUUCAUUAUUACUAGUCUUUUAUCUCAUUGCUCUAAGUUAUUUAAUGUUGUGAACGCGUUGUUUCGGUGAAACAUGGGGCUGUGCAAGUGUCCGAAACGAAGAGUAACAAAUCUAUUUUGUUUUGAACACCGUGUCAAUGUUUGCGAGCAUUGUAUGGUUACAAACCAUCCAAAGUGUAUUGUGCAAUCGUAUAUUUCAUGGCUCCAUGAUCAUGACUACAAUCCAGUCUGUACAUUAUGCUCCACGAACUUAAGUGAAGGUGAUUGUGUUAGAUUAACAUGUUACCAUAUGUUCCACUGGGCAUGUUUAGACAAAUACGCUAGAGAACUGCCAGCAACGACAGCACCAGCAGGAUACACGUGUCCAGGUUGCAAGGAAUGUAUUUUUCCAGACUCAAAGUUAGUAUCCCCUGUAGCAGAUGUGUUAAGAGAAAAACUGGCUGGAGUUAACUGGGCACGAGCUGGUCUGGGUUUACCUUUGCUCAGCGAAGACAGAGAACAAAAGCCAGAACAAGAACGUCCAUCGCUAAGAGUUGAAUCUACGUCGUAUCAAAAUCACACGUUAGCAACUUCAUCGUCCCCUACAGUAGCCACUUCACGUACUGCUAGCACUGUCAAUUCAGUACAUAGCAAUAUCAACAGUGUGCAUUUAAACAGCCAAAAAAUUGGUCCACCUUACUCCAUUGUAAAUAUAGAUUCCUCGAUGGGAUUGACCACUCCAACGUCGCGAAAAGUUUGCGAGGCUUACGACGAUCCAAAAGAGAUUUCCUUCGAUCACGAUGAGAAUAAAUACAAGAGGAAGUCAGCCAUGGAGUGGUUCUCAAGGUGGUGGAAGCUGAUAGCCAGUCCACCAGCAAGGCGCAGGAAUACGCCUGGGCCAUUGUAUAAAAGAUACGCGGUGAUAGGUAUCAUGGGCGUUCUAGCUUUUAUUGGAAUUUUAAUUCUAUUCUCCUGGUUGGGUAGAAUGGCUACAGACGGAGAUCCGAGCUACGAUCUGCAUGCAAAUCCGCAUAUCAUAGUCGACGACCAACCCGCCGGUAUUUAAUGUACUCCAAACAUUCGAGGGACGUUUCGAAAAGGGG